AUGUCGACCGAGAUGUACAAUGGCCGCCGCACGUCUGCGCUGUAUUUUCAGUACCUGCCCGAGCUGCCGGCCCAGCCGGAGCCCCUGAGUGUGUUGGAAGUCAUACUGAGCGCGUAUCUGUCGGAUUACGAUGAGCACCAGACGGACGACCCCAACGACCCUGAACAGUUGUACAUUGAUCUUGCGCUGAACACGGCACUCUCGGCUUCGACCGACGCCAAGAAUCGCUAUGGCUACGCAGAACUCCGCGGGUUGUUCUUCAACAUCACGCUGCAUGCGCUGCUGUCGGACUACAAGGGCCCGGGACUCAGUUCAGGCGUAGAGAGGUCGCUGGAUCGCUGGGCCGAGGUCUGCGUUCGGAGCAUGACAAUCCCGGAGCAGAUGCGUUUCCUGCUCAGCUUGGAGCGCGAAGAGGAAUGGACAAGGGCAGAGACCGCGGAGGAGAUUCGUGUGCAGUGGUGGAUCUUCGAGGGGAUGGGGCGGAGGAUCAACGAGGCAGCCGACAGGCUUGCUGAGAGGAUGCUUGAGGAUGCUCGACGUCUAUAG